CAAUUUUACUACUAGAAAUUUAGGAUUCGAAGUUCACCAAAACUAGGUACUUACAAAUAAAUAAUCCGAAAAAAAAAAGAAAGAAAAAAGUAAAGUGGAAAAGGGCGUUAGCGUAGCGCAGAUAAAAAAGUGAUAAAAACAUGUGGAGUGAAAAAAAAGCUGUGAAUCGCCAAACCCAAACCCUCACCUUAUUCCUCCAUUUUCCCAUCACCCUUUUCAUCUGCAUUGCCCUAAUUUCUUCCCCAAAAACCUGCAUUGCUUCGCUGAACAUUCGGUUGAUUUCCGAGUUCCGGCAUUGCGUUGUUCGAUCGGAGUUUCGGAAUCCAUGUGGCUGAGGCGAACCAAAACGAGGAGCCGUGUCCACAACGCGCCGACGCUCAAAUUCGCAUGCUCGUCGUUCAAGGACGUCCACAGCCUCCUCUACGACGGCGGCGGAGGAGGAGACUCCCCCUCAUCCCCGUCGAUCUACCACCGUAACCGCAGCGCGAAGGAGCUCAUCCGCUCCCUAUCCAACCCCGCGGAUCGGGAAAUCCGGAUCCGCGGCGCCGAGAAAUCGGUGGUGCUGUACUUCACGAGCCUGCGGGUGAUCCGCCGCACGUUCGACGACUGCAGCGCCGUGCGAUCGAUACUGCGGGCGUUCCGCGUGCCGAUCGACGAGCGGGAUCUGUCGAUGGACUCGGGAUUCAUGGACGAACUGCAGAGGAUCCUCGGGGAGUCGGAGAAGUCGAAGCUCACCCUGCCGAGGGUGUUCACAGGCGGUAGGUACCUCGGCGGGGCGGAGGAGGUGCGGCGCCUGCACGAGAGCGGCGAGCUGAAGAAGUAUUUGGAGGGGCUGCCGCCGGCGGACCCGGGCACGUGCGAGGCUUGCGGGGGUUACAGUUUCGUGCUGUGCCAGGAAUGCAAUGGGAGCCAUAAGUGCUAUAGAGGGAAAGCCGGAAUCGGGAGUUGUACCUCGUGCAAUGAGAAUGGUCUCGUCAGGUGCCCUUCUUGUUCGCCUGCGCCUUUAUGAGCCGUUUC